AUGCCCUUUCAAAUACUUGAUGAAGAUUCUUGCGAUUCUGAAGGGAGUCGCACACGCAAAUCAUUGUCAACGGUUACAGCGUCCUCCGAGUUUACUGGCUCAAUUGUAUCAUUUGCUUCUUUGGAUAGCUCCUAUGAUUUAACUCAACCAUAUCCAAUUCGUUAUCACUUCGACGGUCAAAAUAGCCGCACUGUUGUGGACGUCGGAAGAAACGUCUAUUGUGAACUGUUUCGUUUGGAACACAUUCUUCAGCAAGACAAAUGGGCGGCGAAGUCUAAGAAAUUUGACAUCAUUAUUGAAGAUCGCCAAACUAAUCUUGGGGAGAUUCGGCACUCACUUCAUACGCUUGGCGAGUUGCUUCAUGUUCAAGUGCCAGUUGUCGAAAGCCUUACUUUGCGAAUUUAUGACUACAGACAAGUGCACGUUUUCGGUAUACUUGCGAGCCAUUUGCCAUUUUUGAACCAACUAUGCAUUGGCUCUCCAAACGAUGAAACAGAUGUUAAUUUCGUAAACGAAGUGUCAUCGAUUUUCCAAUUACUUGACACGUGGUUGCCAAUAUCAAAACACACUCUACAGACUCUUCAAGUGUAUCCCGGUAUUCGACUCGAACAGAAGCUAAUGCAAGUUGUUGAAGGCUGCUGUAGUCUGAAAUGUCUAUUGCUAUCUAGGGUUGAACUUGAACCAAGACCAUGGAGUCUUCCUGUGGUUCGAUCUUUUGAGUGGGAUGGAUUGGGAAUGGCUUUUAUCGACUCGGACAUAUGUCUUAUGCGUCGUCUCUUCCGGCAUUUUCCCAACGUUAUAGAAGUGGUUUUUAAGCGUACGCCAUGGGAAGUAGUGGAAGCGUUGUUGACAAUGGCCUUUGAAAUCAAACGAGAAACACCGGCCCGACGCGUUGCUUCGAAAAGAAAGUCUGAUUCGCCGGCGCCAAUGCACACGCCACCAUCAAGUCGUUUUGGUUCGAUCGGUAAAGGAUUAAUGAGGCUAGGCACUGAGGCUUACAAACUUCUAAGUCCAGGGAGCAAAAAAGUUGAGACUCCAUCACCGAGCAAUUGUUCAACACCGGAAAACCAUUAUACGUUUACGUUGAUCGAUGGUCUAUUGAGGAGUUGGUCAAAAGGAUUGAAAAUUCCAAUAAAACAUUCAUCACCAGCGCUUCGCGGAAAGUUGAGUUGCUUGAUGAUCGAAAGUAAACGGCACCAGACAAUAAUUUGGCUACGCGUCUCGGAAGCUACUUGUGAUGUCUGCAAGAAGAAUAUAGCUUUGCAACAGGAAUCGAAAGUGGAA